AUGCGGUGCACGCGUUGGCUGGUGCUGGCGGCGAUCCUCGCUGCUGCGGCUGUGCGCGCUACCGUGACGGGCGACUUCACCGCCGAGCAGCAGUCCAACACGCUGGCGGUGCUGCAGGCGUUUGCGGGCGCGAUCCCUGAGCUGCAAAGCACGUGGAGUGGCAGCGACUUCUGCUCGUGGGGCGGCGUGACGUGCGCUGUGUCCAGCGUGCGCGUGGCGGGAAUCAAUGCGAUGUAUACCGGCACGCUGCCGGAGAUGCCUGCGGGCGUCGACUACGCGAACGUGAUGAUCACGCGCCUCGACUUCUCCACGAUGGCGCGGGGGCUGAGCGGGACGCUGCCGGACAGUUGGGGUAAACUUCGAUUGCUGCAGUCCAUCGUCUUCGUGGGCUGCAACGUGAGCGGGACGCUGCCCGCCUCAUGGAGCGCGCUGAGCUCCCUGACGGAGUUGACGAUUCAAGGUUCUGGGAGCAUCACCGGCUCGCUGCCGCCGGAGUGGAGCUCGAUGAGCUCGAUCGAGUGGCUGAAGGUUGCGGAGGAGCAGCUCAGCGGUACGCUGCCUGCCGAGUGGGGCACGAUGACUUCGCUGAAGAUGCUGGAGCUGUCCGUUGCAUCGAGCAUCACCGGCACGCUGCCGCCGGAGUGGAGCGGGAUGACUGCACUGUUGUAUCUCUACGUUGACAACUCGUUGCUCAGCGGCACACUGCCGCCGGAGUGGAGCUCAAUGCCUCGAUUGAAGGACGUGUCGUUCCGGGGCACGCAGGUAUCUGGCUACCUUCCAGCUGAGUGGCAAAGUCUCAAGACGCUGCGGCGAGUGUACUUGACGAACACGAGCAUCUCCGGCACGCUGCCUGUCAGCUGGGCCAUUUUAAAAAGUCUAGAGCAGGUGUAUUUGCAGGGGACGAGGGUGUCGGGCACACUGCCCCCGGAGUGGAGCUCCAUGCCGUCGCUGGCCCAUCUUCUUCUGACUAGCUCGUCCGUGUCGGGCACACUGCCCCCGGAGUGGAGCUCCAUGAGUAAGAUGCGCUUUCUCUCUGUGCAGGGCACUCAGGUCUCUGGCACCUUGCCGCCGGAGUGGGGCUCGAUGAUGAUGCUGGAGAAUUUGCAGAUAUCGAAUACGCAGUUAUCGGGCACACUGCCGCCGGAGUGGAGCUCGCUCAGUACAUUAAAAAAUGUAGUGAUUAUCGGCUCAUCGAUCAUCGGUACGCUGCCGCCGGAGUGGAGCUCCAUGAGCGCACUGAGGCAGGUCGUGUUAUCCAGCACACAAGUGUCGGGCACGCUGCCGCUGGAGUGGAGCUCACUGCAGUUGCUUCAGGAGCUGCACCUGUCGAAUACGCAGAUGUCGGGUACGUUGCCGCUUGAGUGGAGCUCGAUGAGCGCACUGGAGCAGCUCGUGUUAUCCAGCACACAAGUGUCGGGCACGCUGCCGCCGGAGUGGAGCUCACUGCAGUUGCUUCAGGAGCUGCACCUGUCGAAUACGCAGAUGUCGGGUACGUUGCCGCUUGAGUGGAGCUCGAUGAGCGCACUGAGGCAGCUCGUGUUAUCCAGCACACAAGUGUCGGGCACGUUGCCGCUGGAGUGGAGCUCACUGCAGUUGCUUCAGGAGCUGCACCUGUCGAAUACGCAGAUGUCGGGUACGUUGCCGCUUGAGUGGAGCUCGAUGAGCGCACUGAGGCAGCUCGUGUUAUCCAGCACACAAGUGUCGGGCACGUUGCCGCUGGAGUGGAGCUCACUGCAGUUGCUUCAGGAGCUGCACCUGUCGAAUACGCAGAUGUCGGGCACGCUGCCGCCGGAGUGGAGCUCGAUGACGAGUGCUGAGGUCAUAGCGCUGAUAAACUGUGACCUCUUCGGCGCUCUCCCCUCCUCGUGGUCUGUGAUACCAAGACUGAGGGAUCUCUCACUGAAUGGCAAUAGCUUCUGUGGGUGUGUGCCUGCCUCGUGGGCCUCGAAGCCUGGCCUUGUCGUGUCCAUCGAGGACGAGCACAUGGGCAAUGACUGCACGACUGAAAACAUCUGCCCAACAACGACCACGACGACAACGACGACGACGACCAGCACUGAGCCUCCGGCUGUAUCGACGACGACGACGACCAGCACUGAGCCUCCGGCUGUAUCGACGACGACGACGACCAGCACUGAGCCUCCGGCUGUAUCGACGACGACGACGACCAGCACUGAGUCUCCGGCUGUAUCGACGACGACGACGACCAGCACUGAGCCUCCGGCUGUAUCGACGACGACGACGACCAGCACUGAGCCUCCGGCUGUAUCGACGACGACGACGACCAGCACUGAGCCUCCGGCUGUAUCGACGACGACGACGACGACCAGCACUGAGCCUCCGGCUGUAUCGACGACGACGACGACGACCAGCACUGAGCCUCCGGCUGUAUCGACGACGACGACGACCAGCACUGAGUCUCCGGCUGUAUCGACGACGACGACGACCAGCACUGAGCCUCCGGCUGUAUCGACGACGACGACGACCAGCACUGAGCCUCCGGCUGUAUCGACGACGACGACCCUUUCUCCUGAUACGAGGUGCGAGGUGGAUGGGUGUGCGAAGUGCGAGGACGGCUCCAGUGUGAGGUGCGCCAGGUGUCAUGAUGACUACUACUUGAUGGAUGAUAAGACGUGCCUGGUUUACUGCGCUGACGAUGUUGCCGCCGCGCCGAGCGGCGUACUGACGGCGGCUGUGGUGUGCGUGGUGACGCUUUUUAGCAUGGGACUCGUGAUGUGA